AUGGGAUAUUAUCUAGCCGAUGACAUAUAUCCUUCGUGGGCUACUUUUGUCAAAACCAUUCCAUGUCCACAAGGAGAGAAAGCAAAGAAUUUUGCAAAAGCUCAAGAGGGAUGUCGGAAAGAUGUAGAACAAGCAUUUGGAGUGCUGCAAGCACGUUUUGCAAUUGUUCGUGGACCGGCUCGUUGUUGGGAUCGUGAAACACUUCAAAAGAUCAUGAAAGCAUGUGUUAUAAUGCACAACAUGAUUAUUGAAGAUGAACGAGUUGAGCGUAUUGCACACGAUGAUCUUGAAACUCUUGCAAGGCAAUAUGCUGAACCAGAUAUGGAAAUUGAUGAUUUUCUUGUUUCACAUAAUCACACAAUAGAGUUUGAGGAGUUUAUCAGCAAUCAUUUGCGAAUUCGUGACAGGGGAACACAUACUAUGCUCCAAGCAGAUCUAGUUGAGCACUUGUGGCAACAUCACUUGGCUAAUAUCAGUAAGUACAUAUUGUUUCUGGUAGUUUUGGGGCACUUUGUGUUUGGUGGUUACAGAUAUAAUGAUAUUUAUGUUGGAGCUUGUUUUCAAGAUAUAAUGACAUAG